AUGGGAAGUAAGGUAACUUUUAAAAUUAUUUAUAUAUUAGAUUGUAUUUCUGGUCCCAAUUUUUCACUGUUCCCUAUAAUGCCCUUUACUAUGUGGUGUUACAGUUUAUCUCACAAGAGAGUGAGAAAUGUUCAUUUCUUCAUCCUUGAAUCUGAGCUUUGUCAUGAGAUUUGCUUUGGCCUUUUCACACCAGUUCUGAGCACAGGCUGCAAGAGAUUUUAUAUAUUUCCACUUCUGUGUUGUGUGCCUGAAAACAUGGAAACCUGCCUCAGCGAGCCUGCAGAUGGUGAAAGAUCUACACUGUAG